AUGAGUACAAAUACAGCUAUUGCUGAAGAAGCAGCUUCAGUGUUCUCUGUCAAAAAUAAAUCUAAUGAAGAGAUUAUUGAUAUGUAUCGUAAAUAUCAAACUGAACUUGAUGAAUUACAAAAACGUCCAGAACAGGAACUUAGUGAAGAAGAUAAAAAAAGAAAAAAAUUAGUAGAAGCAAUCAUAAAAUUUCUACAGCCACAUUAUGAAAAAGCGAUCAAUUCUCAAUAA